AUGUCGUCCACAAAUAAGCGUCAUACGUACUACGGAGGGGUUACGAACGAUUCAUCUGGCACAUUUCAACAUCCUCAAAGAACGACUGAACAAAGAAGGAAACAUGUAACGUUUGGUCCCUAUAUCCUAGGUUCUACGUUAGGAGAGGGAGAGUUUGGGAAAGUGAAGCUUGGUUGGCCAAAAAGUUUUCCGAGCAGUUCUAAUGCAACCCUUGAGUUCCCAAAACAAGUAGCAGUUAAACUAAUCAAAAGAGAUACCAUAUCAAACGACUACAAGAAGGAAGUUAAAAUAUACAGAGAAAUCAACGCCUUAAAACAUUUGUCACAUCCAAACAUCGUAAAACUAGAAGAAGUGUUGCAAAACUCUAGGUACAUUGGUAUUGUUUUAGAAUAUGCAUGCGGAGGAGAGUUCUAUAGAUAUAUUCAAAAAAGAAGAAGGCUCAAAGAAAUAAACGCAUGCAGGUUGUUUUCCCAACUAAUAAGCGGGGUGCAUUACAUACAUUCUAAGGGUCUUGUUCAUAGGGACCUCAAAUUAGAAAAUCUAUUACUGGAUAAAAAUGAAAACCUAGUUAUUACGGAUUUUGGAUUUGUCAAUGAGUUUUGCUCACGCAACGAAUUGAUGAAAACGUCUUGCGGUUCUCCAUGCUAUGCAGCACCUGAACUAGUGAUAAGCGCCGAACCAUAUGAAGCCAGAAAGGCCGAUAUAUGGUCAUGCGGUGUUAUACUUUAUGCCAUGCUAGCUGGUUAUUUACCCUGGGAUGACGAUCCAAACAAUCCUGAAGGAAGUGAUAUAGGAAGGCUUUACAAUUAUAUUAGCCUUACACCAUUGAAGUUCCCUGAUUACAUUCUUCCUAUACCUCGGGAUUUGUUGAGGCGCAUAUUGGUCUCAGAUCCAAAGAGAAGAAUAAACUUGAAGCAAAUCAAGAAACAUGAAUGGCUAAAGCCACAUUUUUCAUUCUUAUCUAUAACGCCUGAUGAAUGGGACAAGUUACAAAAUACACAAUCCAUUUUCAGAUUAGCGAAACCGACGAGAAGAUACGGAUCCAGACCACAAUCCAGUUGUUCCACUUCAUCUAUUGGUUCAAGAAGUGAUAAAAGAGAUUCACUCGUUAUUGAUUCCACUUUAAUUACUUUCCCAGCUCCACCUCAAGAAUCCCAGAACCACAUUAUAACUAGACCGGCUUCUAUUGCAUCCGACCAAAGGCUUUCACCUAUAAGGAGAUCUCAUAGACAUAAUAGAAGCAAUUCCGCUGCAUCAGUUGCUUUGCAGGCAGUGGUGAAUGCAGAUCGAGAAUAUGCUUUGAAUCAUGAACAAUCAUUAUCUUCAGCGCAAAAUAUUAGGCAGAUUACUGCGUGCAACGCAACUUCUGGUUUUUCACCCCCAUCAGUUAUAAAUUCAGGCGAUGUCUUAAUCGAAACCUCACCGAUCAAAAGAAACACAAUCUCUGGAGGUAAUAUCCUAAUAAAUCUAGAAAAAGAGACGACGACAUUAACUCAUAUAAGCCAAGUUCAACAAAAUAACACUAAUUCCUCGCAAAAUCAUCAAUACAAUAAACCUAGAACCCAAAAUAGUCUUCAGUCUGCUAACAAUUUCUACCGUACUUCUUCUUCACCCCAUACGAAACCCCGGCCAACGUCUUAUCACCCUGGCUCAUACACAGCACCUUCCUACAAUUCGAAUAUGCCUUCUAUGCAUGAAAUCAACGAAAAAACAACAAGCAGUGCGUCAUCACAAACACUCAAUCAAAGAGAAACAUCCCCUUUUGAUUUCACGCCGUAUCUUGCACUAGAUACAUGCAUAACCUCAUGUUCCUCCAUCGAAAGUUCUCCAAAAUUGAUUACACAUGGCCAGUUUUCCAUGGCAAAGCCCUCAGUUGAUUUACAAAGUGUAUCUGGUGACUUGAUCAAAUAUAAGGCCGACGCAGAAGUAGUGACAAGGAUGUAUGAUGAAAGGUAUAAACAGAAGCGCAAAAGUUUGAGAUACAGCGGCAUUUUUAGUGAUAUAUCAUGCGAUACAGUAACGGAGGAGUCUGAUGAUUUAAAGCUAUCGGAGUCUCCUAUUCAACAACAUGCUGAACGAAAAUCGAUAGAAAAUACGAACGCGGAGAAUCUAAGUGGCAAGAAUAUGGAGAAUCGUGAUAAUGCUAUAAUAUCAGCAAAAAAAUCGGUCAAGGUCCCAUCUGAAAGAUCACUCAAUGAAACAGAAUCAGCAAAGAAACGGUUUAGCUUUCUUUCCUUGUAUUCCUAUAAUAAUUCCAAGUCGAGUUUGUACUCAUCGAUGGAUUCUAAACGGAAACCUUCUCCUCCAUCGCAGAGACGUCCGAAUAAAGGCGACAGUUACGCAAAUUCAAGGAGUUCUUCAACCAAAGCUUCAAAUACAUCAACAUCCCGUAAACUUCCAAAAGAUCAAUCCACGCCCAUGAUAAUCCAAGAUGGACUUCCUUUAGGAACUAAAGAAGUAGCCCCAAAUGCGAGGUCUUCUGUAAUGGUUUCUGAGGUUAACAAGGCAAGUGUAGAUAAUAAAGCAAUUCAAUAUCCAGAACAGUCGACUGCGAAAAGGGUGUUAGGAUUCUUCAAAAGAAGAAGUAUGAGGGUCUAG